GACGAGAUGAAAGAGGGAGGGAGUGGAGAAAGGGAGGGCCUCCUCCUGGCCCUGCGCAGGAGAACGAGCUGGAUGUCUCCUUCUCCACCGAUGCCGACUCGGCCUUGUCGGCAAUUACCUAUCUACAGGCGCGGGGCGAUGGCAGCGAGGUGGCCGUGGCACGCCCGCUCUGGAGGCCCCUCUUCGCGUGGGACGACACGCUGGCCUUCGAGGACUCUGCCACCGUUGCGGACGGGGAGGAGUGCCACGACCCGCCGCUGGAGGACGCCGACGAGGGCGCCCUGCGCGAGCUGCUCUGGCUCGCGCCGGGCGGGGCCGGCAGCGAGCACGACGGGAUGCUGACCUCGGUGCUGCGCGACGCGCUGCGGCCGCCGUCGCUGGGCCGCGCCUCCAACUCCGGCGCCAGCGCCGUCGAGGUGGCCUCGCCCGGCGUCUCCUCGAGCGGCCGGGGGGCGCGCCAGCGGUGUGGCCGAGGCUCGCCGGCCCUGGCCGCGGCCCGCAGGGCCUCGGGCGCGGCUGCGUCAGAGGCGAGCGCUUCGCAGCGCUGCUGCAGCCGCCGCGGCGCCCGCCCUCGCCGGCAGCGGCGAGCGGCGCGAGCGGCGCUGCGGCGUCCGUGCGCGGCCUCGGCGACAGCCGCGGCAGCCGCCGCUCGGGCGAGGCGCUCGUGGACCUCGCGGCGUGGGCGGCCAGGCGCCCGCGGCCCGAGCGCGUGCCGGGCGAGGCUCGGCGCGGGCCGUCGCGGUCGUUUUUCGACUGCACGUGAGAGUGACCGUUCGCCGGAGUGACCUUUUGGUGCGGGAUCAGCGGGCGCCCCCCGAUCGCCGAGCGCGAUGCGGUACAGGCGGCCCGCGCCCUCGGGUGUGGCUCCCGCUCGCCCCCGAAAGCUGCGCACCAGAGGUCGCUCUUACCCAGGGUCACUCUUACUCAGAGCGUGAAUUGCCUACCCCGCUUUCGCUUCCAGGCAAAACCAAGCCAUACCACGCGCCUCCUCGUCAAGCGGCCUGACCAGUACAGGCUGCAAUUUGGCAUCGUUUGGUAUCUCUUGGAAGCGAGG